GAGUCCUGUUGUAGCUAUAGGUGAAGCUCCCUCUCUCUGCCAUACUGAAGCAGGUGUCCAACAUGGCGAACACUGGCAGCGGCUCUCUCGCGACUAUUCUCUUUUUAUUCAUGCUUCAAGCGGCUCUUCAUAAAGGAGCUGCACAGUACCCAGUGGUGAGUCAGAACCUGGUGACAGACAAUGUGUCGGUGGUGGAGGGCGAGAUGGCGAUCAUCAGCUGUCGGGUGAAGAACAAUGACGACUCUGUUAUCCAGCUGCUCAACCCCAACAGACAGACAAUUUACUUCAGAGACAUGAGACCACUGAAAGACGCUCGCUUUCAGCUGGUGAACUUCUCAGACAAUGAGCUGCGGGUGUCGCUGUCUAAUGUCUCGCUGUCAGACGAGGGUCGAUAUGUUUGCCAGCUCUACACAGACCCCCCGCAGGAAGCCUACGCUGACAUCACUGUGCUAAUUCCUCCAGGUAACCCCAUCAUCGAGGCCCGGGAUGAGGUCCUGAGCGAGGGCAACGAGACAGAGAUGACUUGCACUGCCAUGAGCAGUAAGCCCGCUGCCACCAUCAGAUGGAUGAAGGGAGAUAAAGAGCUUCCAGGCAAGCCCAGAGUUGAGCUGACCUACGACAAGAUGUACACAGUAACUAGCCGGCUGACGUUCACAGUUAGUAAGGAGGAUGAUGGUGUACCUGUGGUUUGCAUCGUAGACCACCCUGCAGUCAAGGACUUCCAAGCACAGAAAUACCUGGAGGUGCAGUACAAACCGGAGGUAAAGAUCGUGGUAGAAUUUCCUCAGGGUCUGACCAGGGAAGGAGAGAACCUGGAACUGACGUGUCAGGCCAAAGGCAAACCCCAGCCACAGCGGGUGAACUGGGUGAAGGUGGAUGACGAUGUGCCAUCCCACGCUGUCAUCACCGGCGGCGAUCUUUACAUCGAAAACCUAAACAAGUCCUACAAUGGAACCUACCGCUGUGUGGCCUCCAACUCAGUGGGGGAGUCUUUCGACGACUACAUCCUCUACGUCUAUGAUGCUCCCACCACUACCCCUAUACCCACCACAGCCACCACCACCACCACCAUCACCACCACCAUCUCCUACCCUGAAGCCAAUCAAGAUACUGCGCCCAGCACUGAACCUGCAGCUCAUGAUUCACGAGCUGGAGAAGGAGCACCCAGAACGGUGGACCACGCAGUGAUUGGAGGAGUGGUGGCCGUGGUCGUCUUCGCCAUGCUCUGUCUACUCAUUGUCUUGGGGCGCUACUUUGCAAGACACAAAGGUACCUACUUCACGCAUGAAGCCAAAGGAGCAGAUGAUGCAGCGGACGCGGAUACAGCCAUUAUCAAUGCAGAGGGGGGCCACACCAACUCGGACGAAAAGAAAGAGUACUACAUCUAAUCAAAACAGGACCCCUCACUCUAGUGUCCUCUUUGGGACACUAAGCUGUUUUUGGGGCAGAGGGAGAGGGGGGUUUGAUGGAGGGAUUUUAGUUGGUUCAGGAUCACUUUUAGUGAGAGUAGAGGGGUCAAGGAGUAGAAGAGAGAUGGGGUUUUAAAGAAAGGCCUGGUUUUAAGCCGUUGUUUAGUCUAGUCUGCAGAUGUAGAUGGAAUGUUUUGUGUGUAAAAAAAUUUAAAAAUCAAAAAAGGACAAAAAAUGGGAGGGUUUGGGUUUUCGGUAAACUGAGAAGGGGUUGGGGGUGGGAAGGUGCGCCAGACGUUGCCAGAAAUCACUGUAGAGAGCUUCACCAUUCGACACCUCCCUAACUGCUGGUACGAAUUUUAUUUAGUUCAACCAUUUGCAGAAAAUUCUGUGCCUUGUUCUAUCCAUACUUUGGAUUUGUGUUGAUCCUCAUUUGCAUAACCUUGUUGCUCCCCUUUUCCUGUUUCAUCUUUCACACUCAUAAUUAUCAAUGUGCUGUUGGCUUUUGUAUGAGGGUAAAAUUACACAGCCACUUUAUUCAUUUCCCUAAAUGUGUCUGCGCACACGCAUCCUCUCCUGCAUAACAAAAACUCUUUCCAGUAUACUGUGAUUUGUCUCAAGCCAUUACUUCCCUCUCUUUUGACAGCUCCAAAAAUGCAUGGAAUGCUUUACAUAUCAUUGUAUAAAGGACAUAAAUGAGAAACAGGUUUGAUGUACUGUAUAUGCCCUCCCUGCCCCCUCCUGAACACAACCACAUUCAAAACAUAAUCAAAAAGAAGACAGCAAAGGAUAAUAAAAAUUUUUUUAUUGGGCCAAUUCAGUUAAUUCAUGUUUUGCAAACUCAGUAUGUUUUUCAGAGCAGAUAUACUACUGCCUCUCAAACAAUUACCUUUCUUAGUAAAGAGAAGUAGUACAUUAUUUUUCCUUACUGCGCUGCUAUUUCAUUAUUUUGAUUUCUUUCUCUGUUCAGUACCAUUUUUCUUCUGUUUGGCUGAAUGGAAGCCCUGUUUUCCCACCAGCUUUUAUUGAGUUGUAAAUAUGAGAUUCAAUUGCUUUCCAUCUGCUCUCACUCUACAAUAGUUUUUCCUACAAAUGGGAAAGUAGGAAAAUAUAAAUUGUUUAAAAAAAACAUUUUUUGGCAGACUCAUUCAAGAUGCCUCAGUAAUAAAAGGCUGUUGAAAAAACAUUUGGUAUUAAUAUUAACCAACCAGCAGCCAAAAGAUGCUGGUGUACUGUACAUAACUUUACCAAAAAGAGAAACCUUAACUAAGCUCCAAACUGAAACGCAUUCAAAUUUAUUUUAGAAAUAAGUAAGCUGCACAAAAAAAAAGGUCAUGGCAGUCCAGGUCCUCCCAUCAGCGGGUUCAUGUUAUCUCAUAUACACACAAUCCAAUGUAAAUCAAGCCAAUGAAAUCACAGAUGUAUUGUACACUAAUCCUUACUAAGAAAUAUUUUUUACAACUAGAAUUACAAUGGAGUACCUUUGUGGAUUUUAUUGUAUCACGUUCAUUGUGAGUUUUGUCAAAAUGUAAAACAAGCAAAUGGUGGGGAAAGUAAAUGUCUUCAAACUGAAAUACUCUGAGAGACAAGCCAGACUUUCCACUUCCAUCACACCUUCUAAAUAUAUAUUUUGCUUUGAUGCAGCAGCUUGAGUGCUUAAACAUUUGAUCAUUUUUUUGCAUGUAUGUACCUGCUAAAACACAUUCCUUUUGCUUUGUUAUCUUGCUUUAUGUGUCCCCUGCCAAAACUGAAUGAGGAUCUGUUUUGCUGUGCCAGCUGGAGAGCAGAAUGCCAAAAGUAAUUAAUUGUUUGUAACUGAACUUAAUACACAUGUUGUGCUCCGUGGUGGUAAUCCCAUGGGUUGCAUUAAUGCCCUGGCUUCUUAACAUGGCAAUGAGGGUAUAUUCAUGGCAUUGUUUGUCAUUAUUAUGUGUUCACACAGCAAGCAGCUCACCCAAUGAAUCCUUGCUCUAUGUGACAGCUGUGGGUGGAUUGAGGUGGAGGUCUAGGUUGCAGUGUACACCUUCAAAGUUUCAAACAGGCAAAGCAUUAUUAUUUCAUGGCUUUCUGUGUUGUGAUAUCACAUCAUUUCGAACAUUUUAUCAACACAAAUGAAAUAAACUUAUCAUCAACUCCCAACAGUGGCUGCAACCAUUCCUCAAGUAUUAUUUUUUGUGGCACUUAUUCCUGUGGUUUUUCAAAUUAAAGUUGUUGUGAAGUUGAAAAGCUAGAGUCAAUUUUACAAACAUAAACCAAACCAAAUCAAAUCAGUAGAGAAAAACAUAGCCUUUUCUCUACUGAUUUGAUUUUACACAUUUUAUUGCAGUGCAAUGCUUGCUUGUUUUUAAUAUAAUACAUCAUGAUGUAACAAAAAAAAAAUUUAGAUUAUGAUUUAGAAAAUUAAAAUUUAGAAAAUUUUACAUCAAUAACAGUGAGUUUUAGGAAUAUGAAACAUUCCAUAUCAAAAGUAGAUAGGUGUCAUUUAGUGUAUUGACACUGUUCACAUUGUGUAUUAAUGAGCAAAAAGGCGUAAGAAUGAUUUUUUUCAUUGUGGGUGUCCAAACUUAGUCAUCAUGAUUAUUUUUAGAAUUGUAUUGUAACUUUGGUGUUAAGUUCUACAGGUAGAGCUACUUUCAAAAAAUGUGCUUUUUUUAAUGGUGACUUACCAUGAAGUUAAGUACAACUUAAUUAAACACAAGCAAAGGAAGAAAUACAUUUGCCAAUUUCACAACAUCUGCACCUGUACAUGGUCUUUUUUGUGUUGUCAUAUUGGUGAAUGUGCUUCUUAAUGUACUUUUUGUGUUUUAGUUGUUUGAUGUGCUUUUGAGUUGUCAGAGUAAUAAAGAUAUUUUCUUCAUUUUCUUAUGUUUUGACUAUUUGCAUGUGUUUUUUUAAGUUGCACUGCGUUGAGCUCUCUUCGGCACUGUACCUUUUGCUCUAACAGUAACCUCAGAGUCUUUUGGUUUUCCAUGAUGCUUAAAUUGUUAAAUCAGAAAUACCAAUAUAUGAUAUAUAUCAAUAUCAGUCAUAUCCAAUGAUGAAACUCACUUGUAAUGAAAAUGUCACUAGGUCAGGAUACUCUGGAAAAUGAAUGGAUUCUUUGGGACUUAAUGGUGUUGCUUGCUGUGUGGAUACUCAUCCAAGAUUCAAUACUUUGUUGUCAUGUUAACCCAUUUGAUUGGAAUUUGUCAAUGUGCAGCUCGGAUUGCGACACAUUAACAGUGUGAUAGCUUUAAUAUAUUAUAGUCAUGCAUGAAGACAGCAUUCAGUCUUUCCAUAUUGAGAAUGGGGUUUUGGGUUCGUCCAAAGGCAGUUGAGAAGGUUCUUGUGAAGUGCAUUACGCAAAUUUCACCUUCCUGAGCAUAACACAUCUGUGCAUUUUUAAAGUCGUUAAAUAUUUUUUUCUGCAGUUUUAGAAGACAGCACGUUGGCUGGGUGGGAGCUGUGGACAUAUUUUUAGCUUUUCCAUUGGAUGUGGCAGUUGUAGAUGGGGGCUACAGGAGUGACAGACAAAGAUCAAAGAUGCUGUGUCCAACUCUCUCCAACUGUUUCUUCUUCUGUGAAAACUUGAUUUAAUUUAAAAGUUCUGUUCUCACAAAGGAAUUACCACUAAGUUAACACUGUAUGCUGAUGACACUGUUUUGUGUUUGUUACAUGGGUAGGUGGGGGUGGGGAAGGGUUCUGAUUAGGUUAGAUGUUUUACGGUCUGGUGUCUGAUAAAAUUAUUAACUGACUUGUUAUUGUUGCUUUAUGAAUCACAGGGCAGAUGUCACUUCAUCUGUAAGACUGAGAUUGUGUGAUUUGUAUUUUACAGUGAGCACUAUUUCGCUUCAGUGACAUGUGGCAGCUUCAUUAAAUGCCAAUAAAGGAAUAGAACUGAAUAUUGUCUUCUCCCUUAAGGCUGAUGCAUUAAUUUUUUAUUUGUGAAUAUUAUACCUUUUGUGGAUUGGGACAGCAGGAGUGUUUCUCCAAAUGUUGUUUUUACAAUAAGAGUUUUCCUCUCCCAAAGUUCCAAUAUAAGGAGUAACAUGAACAAAACAACAUGAAAUAAAAAUAUAUUUGAUAGGUUUAAAUAUUCAGAAAUGGUGAAGAUUCCAUUUGAAGUAAAUAGCAGGAUGAUAUUUUAGGUUAUUGUAUAUGUCAUUAUAUUUUCUAUUAAAUGCCCAGUAAAGUAAAAAAUUGACUUUUGUCUUACAGUGUAACUGAUGUAGUUUUCUCCACAUUAAAUUCUUUUGAUAAUGUCCUGUCUCUGGUUCAUACGUUGAUAACCGAUGUGACUGCAUCUCAGGUAGAAUGCAAAGUCUAGGCCCCACCUAUCAAUGACAUAAAAGCAAGUAAAAUGUAUCCUCAUCGAAUCAAGUGCAACACGUUAUUUUAGAUCCAAGAGGCAAAAUUGGUGAUAUUUUUGCAUAUAUGUUGUACAUGUUUUCUGUAUUUUUCUUAAUAGUUGGUGCACUGUAAAAGAUGUGAUAAGUAUUGCUUUGUGUUGACAUAGGUCAUAAAGAGUACACUGUUUAUUGGAAUGAAGCAGGAUCAGAAACUUGUUGUGGCUGUACUGCUGUCACUUUCAACGCACCACCACCUUUGGAAGCUUGUUUGAUUCUCGAAAAGUUUUAAUUGUUUCACCAGUCAUUGUUUUUAGAUUGAUUCUUUUUGUCUCUCUGCUGUUCUUGGAAAAUGUUCAUGUGUAUUAAUGGAGAAAAGGAGUUCCACAUUCCCAUACACAUUUUGUAUUGGUUCAUAAAUAGACAUUUUUACAAAACAAUGAAGAGUUCUUGUCUUAAUAAAAAAGAAAAGAUAUUAAUGUCCAAAAUAA